ACGGAAUUCCGUGAAUCAUAAAAAAAGUAAUUCAAACGUUAGAAUAUCUUAAAUAUUAAUACACGUUUUCUAAUAUUCAAGUAUCCAAAGACUGAAGUACGGUGAAUAACAACUUUUCGUCUCUUUAUUCAAGAAAUUUUCAUGCUUACAUUUACACUUUGCAGUAGCCUCUAAUCAAACUACCGGGAAUUGUUAACAGUAUUAUUCUGCGAAUACGUCAUUAAUAUGAGUAAUAAAAACGCAAAUAUCCUUGUACUAGCAAAAAUGCGUGAUAUUAUUACAUUUCAGAAUGUCAAGUCUCAUUUUCUUUCAAUUCUCGCGAAUUUAAAUUGGCUACGUGAAUUAGUGUCAACAAGGAUGGCAGGACGUAUGCGAUGAACGUGUGACCGUACUCAUAACUCGUCGAUGCUGUCGCGCGUCGUCCAUGGUUCUCCUAAACGCCAGCAGCACAGGGUGGUCUGCGUUUUUAUUGACGAGAAGGGAGAAACGCCAACGAACGCCAUCAGCCCCUUCUCCCCCUUGCCAGACGAAUCGAUAAACCGCUGCUGCGAGAUAUCGCGGCUGCGACGGCGGUAGCGGCGGCGGCAGCGGCGGCGGCGAAGACGACUUGCCAAAGUUUCAAGACGGAGAGCCGCCGGUGUCGCGGCGGUUUUCACGGAGCGACGACCGAUUGGCGAUCAAGAUGGUGGUGACGUGCUGGAUCCUCGUCGGGAUGCUCGCGAUCGUUGUGCUCCUUUACGGUCUCAUCGAGCUGCACUACUUCCUGCGCAUGUUCCUCACCGUCUUUCUGGCGCGCUACUGCAAGAAGAGGGUGCACAUCCUCGACGAGACCGUGGUCUACGCUAUCUGCACCACUACUGAUGUGGACGCUCUUCUGUAUCACAUGAACAACGCGAGGUAUCUCCGCGAGCUCGACUUCGCAAGGGCAGAUUUUUACGAGAGAACAGACUUGUACCGAGAGGUUUGUUCUCAAGGAUCGGGGGUGGUGCAAGGAGCUGCUACAAUACGCUACAGGCGAUUUAUCAAGCCGUUGACGAUCUUCAAGAUAACGUCCAAAAUUAUUUAUUGGGACGAAAGAAGUUUUUUCAUGGAGCAUCGAUUUAUUACGCCUAGCGACGGUUUCGUGCGAGCCAUCGCGAUUUGCAGACAAAGACUCCUCGACUGCAAUGCUGACACUGUUAUCGGCGCACUAUUGAAUCGCAGAGUGAAGCAGAAUGGAAACGUCGAGGCAGGUGUAAUGCAGAUGUCUUCUGCGCGACCGGAGAUGCCGCCGGAAGUAAGUAGAUGGAUGGAGAGCAACGAGAUAUCCUCGGCGAUGUUAAGACAAGCACCAGUCACGACGACAUCAGCAACAAUGAUGAUGAUGACAACAACGGCAACGAUGACAACGACGACGACGAUGACGACGACGUCGAUGACAACGCAUUGCUGACGAAAAGACAUCGCGACGUCUAGCAAUGGCGUCGUUGCGGCACCGUUAUAUACGACUACGACAGUGUAAUCAGUAACAUCAACUAGGAUGUUUACUCGCAUGUUUGCGAAAACUUAUGCUCGCGCAACACAGCCUUCCGACGAGAUCGAGUGUUAAAUAUCGAUUGAUCUAAAACGGCCUGAAGUCCGGUAACGUAGAAAGAAAGUUGACAUAAUCGCGGAGCGAUUAUCUGUUUUUAGAGUUUCUAUUAAAAUAACAAAAGUAAAUUAUUUAACCGUUUAGCUGAAUUUGUGCGAGAGAGGGGAUAUUUUUCGUACCGAAAUAUAUAAAUUGUUUCUUCUAUCGUAUCUCUGUACUUUAUAAUUAUUAGGUUGGUGCAAAUGAAAUGGCCGUUUAUAAAGCUGAAACUUGUAUUUUUCAAAUUUAAAACUUACAUAACUAAUCAAAAUAGCUUCCACUUACUUCAAUACAGUUCUGCCAACGUGAUCCAAAUGCAUCAAUGCACUUUCUAAAAAAUCUAGAGAGCGUGAAUCGAUAAACUUAAAUGCAUUCUCCUCACUCCUUAACUGCAUUUUUCACACUUCUUUCUUCAUUGAAAUUUUUGCCCGCCAAAAACGCAUCCAGAUGCUUGAAAGGAUAAUAAUCUGACGAUGAGAUGUCUAGAGAAUAGGGAGGGUGAAGGAGAACUUCAAUGUUCGCUCGGCGAGUUUUUGAACGGUUUGUUUUGCAAUGUGUGGUUUAGCGUUAUCGUGCAACAGCAACAUGCCGUGUCUGUUGACCAAUGCUGGCUGUGGAGCGCACAGUUUUUGGUGCAUGGUGGCAAUUUCCUGACAGUAGUUAUCAGAAUUUAUAACCUCACCUUGUUUGGUAGGUAUUCUCUUAAGCAAGCAAUCAGGGAAAAAUUCUAAAUGAAUGGAAAUCUGUGUCAGACAGGAUAAUUACCGUCAGAUUCAAUACAAAGCUAAGGAAAUUAACCAUGAUACAAUGCUAUGCACCCACUGAACCGGCUUCGGCAGAGGAUAAAGAUGUUUUCUAUGAACAACUGACAUCAACACUGAAUAAUAUCAGGAAAUCAGAUAUGAUUAUGGUCAUGGGCGAUUUCAAUGCCAAGGUAGGCUCAGAUAACACCAAUUGGGAAAAAGUCAUGGGUAAACAUGGUCUGGGAAACAUGAAUAAGGACGGAGAGAGACUGGCGGAAUUAUGCAUGAAUAAUGACUUGAUAAUAGGCGAUAAAGUUAUGUGCGCUAAAUCACAUGUGGAUCAUGUACUUUUCACACAGUAUAUAUACACCGUCCUCUGUAUGAAAGAAAAGUAAUCUAUAGGGAUGGGAAUUUCAAAACACUGAAAACGGACAUUUCACUUGCACCAACCUAAUAUAUGACACCUUAUUCGCGCGGCACAAAUUGGAAAUAUGAGAUAUUUAAUAAAAUAUAUAUUGAAGUAUCAUUUUUUAAAUGAAAUUUGACUAGUUACAGUUGAAAUCGAACAUUGAAAUUAAAUCGUAUAACCGCAUAUGUGCAACACAAAUAUUUUUGCACGAAACAAUGGCGAAGCAGUUACUUAGAAAUUAGGAGCGAAGUGGAUUUACGAUGUGCCAUUAUUCGCACAUUAGUUGGUUAUUCAAUUGAAUAUAUUUAUAUGUUAUUAUAUAUAAAUGGUAAUCCACCAAAGUAAUGUACCUUUUUUUUUUCCUUUAAUUCUUUUGCUAGAAAAUUGCGUCUCUUCGACAUUCUUCGCGGUAUUUGGGAAUUAAUCUUUCUGAAUUGUGUCAGAAGCGUUUAACGAAGUACGAAGAGAGUUCUUUGCGGACACCGCAUAACAAAGGUAUACUUAAAAAAUACUUAACGCGUUAUUAGUAUAGGCAAUCAGACAUGUCCCAGAUGCGAACUUCGAAUUUUUGUACAUAGUUGCGCUAAUGAGCAACAUAUAGCGAGAAAAUAAGAAACAUUAAUUUAUUUAUCAAGCAACACACAGUGGAUGCGUGCCUGUAUUUAUAUAGUGUAUAAUAGGUGCCUUCGCUGAAAGAAAUAUAUAAAUACAUAUAUCUAUUAGAAACACUCGAAAUACAUACGUAUUGAAAAAAAAAUUAAACAUUUAAAUCGAAUCGUGUUUCGUGAUAUAAUUUCCAUUUCUGCUUUCCCAUUUUUUUUCUUUCUUUCUAAAGAAUCAUUGUAUUCUAAUAACUCUGUACGCAUUUCCAUCAACACAACGAUCGUAUGUCAUGGGCAUUUGCGUCUUGUUGAAUAUACGUACCACAAAUGUAUAAGUAAUCAGAUCGUGCCAAUGAACCUUAUUGAUUAAAAGAAAAAUUCGCACAGGAUAUUUCAUCAGGAUUCGCGCGUGAAUAGAUUAAACGAAAUAUUUUAUAUCUGCGAGCUUUCAAUUUCGAAACGGUAACGAUUAAUU